GCGGGCUGGUGCGGGGUCAGGUGUCAGAGGGCGGUGCCAGCGCCCCCCAAGAUGGCGGCCUCCAUGUGCGACAUGUUCUCCUUUUGCGUGGGCGCGGCGGGCCCGGCCCGGGGGCCCGUGGAGGUCCGCUUCGUGAGCAGCGCCAAGGGGAAGGGGCUCUUUGCUACGAGGCCAGUCCAGAAAGGGGAGACCAUCUUUGUGGAGAGGCCUCUGGUGGCCUCCCAGUUCCUUUGGAAUGCACUUUAUCGCUACCGAGCCUGUGACCACUGUCUCCGGGCCUUGGAGACGGCAGAGGAGAAUGCCCAGAGGUUGUCGGGGAGGGCCUGUGGCACCCUGCCUCAUCCUGAGCAGUGCAGCAUUCGGAAGGACCUCCACCAAAUGUGUCCUCACUGUCAGGUGGCAUAUUGUAGUGCGGAGUGUCGCCAGGCAGCCCUGGAGCAGUACCAUCGAGCCCUGUGCCUGGGCCCUUCCCAGAAUGACCCCGAGCAUCCUCUCAACAAGCUUCAGGAGGCCUGGAGGAGCGUCCACUAUCCUCCUGAGACAGCCAGCAUCAUGCUGAUGGCCCGGAUGGUGGCGACUGUGAAGCAGGCAAAGGACAAGGAACGCUGGAUCAAACUCUUCUCCCAGUUCUGUAAUAAAACGGCCAACGAGGAGGAAGAGAUUGUCCACAAACUCCUGGGAGACAAGUUCAAGGGCCAGUUGGAGCUUCUGAGACGACUCUUCACUGAGGCUCUGUAUGAAGAACAGCUCAGUCGGUGGUUUAUGCCAGAUGGAUUCCGGUCUCUCUUUGCUCUUGUUGGGACAAAUGGUCAAGGAAUUGGGACCAGUUCCCUGAGUCAGUGGGUCCACGGUUGUGAUGCCCUCAACUUGAAGCCCCAGGAGCGCGAGCAGCUGGAUGCGUUCAUUGAUCAGCUGUACAAGGACAUUGAGAGAGUGAGUGGUGAAUUCCUCAACUGUGAAGGGUCUGGGCUCUUCGUGCUCCAGAGCUGCUGCAACCACAGCUGUGUCCCCAACGCAGAGACCUCCUUCCCAGAAAACAAUUUCCUUCUCCACCUCACGGCCCUUGAGGACAUCAAGCCUGGAGAGGAAAUCUGUAUCAGUUACCUGGACUGCUGCCAGCGUGAGCGGAGCCGGCAUAGCCGGCACAGGAUUCUUAGAGAGAACUACCUAUUUGUUUGCUCCUGCCCCAAAUGCCUGGCUGAGGCAGAGGAUCCCAGUGUGACCUCUGAGGAAGAAGAGGAGGAGGAGGAGGAAGAGGAGGAGGAGGGUGAGCCGGAGGACGCCGAGCUGGAGGAUGAGAUGACUGAUGUUUGAUGUCCCGACCCUGACCUCCUCAUGCAGGAAAGGGGUCUUUGGGAGCUGCCUCACAACCUCAUUCCCCAUUCUGCGAGGAGCAUCUGACCUCCCUGCUUCCCAGUCUGGCUGCCCAGGGAGUGGGGAGUCGUGAGCCUGGUGUGGAAAACUGGGGCCCUUGGACCUGUGGAGGGACAGCCAGGUGGGGGGGGGGGACCAGGCCUCCCUUCCGCUCCCUGCCUCUCUAGAGAGCCCCCCGCCCCCCACUGUGAGAGUAUUCCAGUGGGGAACCAGGAUUGGCUGCAGUUUCUUGGAGCUCCUGCCUACCCCAGCCUGUUAAUUGAUUUAUUUAUUUUGGGAACAAAGUUUCAAAGCUGAGUUAUUGGGCACUCUCAAUGUGGGGCCCCCACUGAGGAAGCAUCAGUCGGCCUCCCUUCUCUUCCAGGGGCUCUCCCCAGCCUCGCGGGUCACUUUUAGUUGAUUCAGGAAGUGGUUGGCCCCUUUGGAGGAGGGCUGCAGGCCCAUUCUGUCUGGGUUUGCCUCCCUCCCUGUCUAGGGGCUCCCCAGCUCCAGGGUCAGGCUAGAUGCUCCUUCCCCAAGCCCUCAGAAUCUCGUCUUGUGCCUUUUCUUCCCUGCCUGGGCAGGGGUGGUGGUUGGAACCUACUGGGCCUGGGGGAGACUUGAGCCUUUCCCUGGAAGGGGUCGGAACUGGCCCCUGCUGGCAGCUGGAGGGCUUGGGGCUCUCACAGGGGGUUGAGCGUUUGCUCUUUGCCUGGGAUCAUUUGGGGCGAGAAGUGGGUCUCCUCCUGGGGAGGAGCCCCUGUUUGCCUGCCCCCAAUCCUUCCUAUAUGGAGGCUAUGUGUACUGAUAGCCUCUGCUUCAGGCCUCCAGUCACGGGUUUCAGGGAGCUGGUUUUCUUGCAAUGCUAUUCCUUCUUUCCUCCUCUCCUUCCCACCUUUGGUGCUGUGCAAGCUUGUUAAUUGUGAGGACCUAGGGACCGAGCAGGCUUCCUGGGACAGAGAAGGGCCGUGGUGGCCAGCCAAGGGCUAGCAUGGCUCCAUCUGGGGGCUUGCCAUCCGCGACCUGCCUUUCUCCUCUCUCAGUAUAAAGCAUCUGGCCCUCCCUAAUCAGUGCCUGCCCCUCCAUUGCCUAGAGGGGCCAUUCACCGGUCUGGACCGUCCGGCCCCGCCCCAUCGUGUAGAAGGCAGGCGGGUAGUCCCAGGUCUCUGAAUCACUCCAUGUUGUGCUGUGUGACAGGAUGUGCUGCUCCUUUCUUCCCUCUCUGUGUCCCCUGCCCCCACCCUGAGGAGGGGAUGUGUCACGUCUUCCAUUUCCCCUUCCCUGUUCUGUCUGGUGCUCACUUCAUGCAGACCACCAUCCUACCCAACCGUUCAGUGUUCUCAAUAAACCGUGGCUGGCGAACAGGCCCCUCUGUACGGAUCCGGGAGUCUCCAGGGUCAGUGCGCUGGCCUCACGUGGGCCCCCAGCUGACUGAGCAGCCAGGUUGGGAGGGCUCCCCUUGCCCCUGUAGCCCUCACUUAGUCGGGGGCCUUUUGCCGUUCUGUCUCCCCCUCCUCCUAGGUUUUUCCGGGGGGGGGGGGCCUGUGGCAGGAACCACAGCAGCCUUUCACAGAACAUUGUGGGGUUUGCAGAGUGCCUCUCUACAACCUUGUGAGUGGCGAGAAAAGGCAUUGUUGUCCCCCCUUUCAGAUGGAAACAAAAAGUGUAGGUGACUUUCACACAGGUGGGAGGGGGUGAGGACCUGGCUCUUUCCCAGUUGCUGUCCUCUCCUGACAUACCUCUUGGCGGUCCCUCUUCCCAGCCUUUGGCCAAGCCCAGGCCUCUUCCAGUGCUUUCUGCCUGGGUGGGAAAUAUCUGUCGCAAGACCCAGAGGGCCCCAUCUAAUCUGAGAGGCUCUUCUCAUCACCCGCUGCCCCCUCCCCAAUAACUGACAUUGUAACCCUCCAAGAUGGGCAAAGCCUGUCCCCCAGGGUCUCAGAGUUUCACAGUGACUUGUGAACUCUGACACCAAGGCAGACGCAAGCUCAUUUAUUCAAGGUCAAACCUCCAGGCUGCCAGAGGCCAGGUUCAAAGCCUGCUCUUCGAGAGCUCGUUUGAGGCAUUUUCAUGGUCUGUCUCGGCUCCCUCAGGCACCAGCCAGAAAGCCCAUGGGGAGCCCUCCUCUGAGGAAUGCUCUUACAUGCAUCUAGUACAGGAGAAACCAAUUACACGGAAAGAACAGUU